CACGCCCACUCUUGUUAAACGACCAGGCGUUUCACCCUGAUCAGCGCGUUUUACUGUCAUGUCUCUCGGAACAGCUGGCCGAACUUUGGUGGGAGCGGCCCGGGGGAUCCCGCGGGCCUCGGCCUUGACACGGAGAUACACCGCCGUCUCCGGAGCCGCGGCGGUGCUGGAGAAGGAGCUGGACACGAUCCGGGCCGCCGGGACGUGGAAGGCGGAGAGAAUCAUCACGUCAAGGCAGGGUCCCCAGAUCAACGUGGACGGCAGCCGUGGCAGCAUAUUGAAUUUCUGUGCCAACAACUACCUGGGCCUUUCCAGCCACCCGGAGGUGGUGCAGGCAGGGAUUGAAGCUCUGAAGUCACACGGUGCCGGACUGAGCUCAGUGCGGUUCAUCUGUGGGACACAGGACAUUCACAAAAAGCUGGAGCAGAAACUUGCACAGUUUCAUGAGCGGGACGACUGCAUCCUCUAUGCCAGCUGCUUUGACGCCAACGCCGGGCUGUUUGAGGUGCUGUUGGGCCCAGAGGACGCGGUGCUGUCUGACGAGCUGAACCAUGCCUCCAUCAUCGACGGGAUCCGUCUGUGUCGAGCACAGAGACUGCGAUACAAACACAUGGACCUUGGGGACCUGGAGAACAAGCUGAAAGAGGCUCAGGCGUCCCGACUGCGCCUCAUCGUGACAGACGGAGUCUUUUCCAUGGAUGGAGACGUGGCCCCUUUACAGGGAAUCUGUGACCUGGCUGAGCAGUAUGGGGCCAUGGUGUUCAUAGACGAGUGCCACGCCACUGGCUUCCUGGGGCCCCGAGGCAGAGGCACCGACGAACUCCUGGGGGUGAUGGACAGAGUUCACAUUGUCAACUCCACCCUGGGGAAGGCACUGGGAGGAGCAGCAGGUGGCUACACAGUUGGGCCCAAACCUCUGAUUGACCUGCUGCGGCAGCGCUCACGGCCGUACCUGUUCUCCAACUCCCUCCCCCCUCCUGUGGUGGGCUGUGCCACCCGGGCUGUGGAGCUGCUGCUCGCCUCCAGUGAGAUUGCACAGAGCAUGGCGGCCAAAACCAUGAGGUUCAGGAACAAGAUGACACAGGCAGGCUUCACCAUCGCAGGCUCGGCUCACCCCAUCUGUCCUGUGAUGCUGGGCGACGCCCGGCUGGCCUCUCUCAUGGCCGACGACAUGCUGAAGCUCGGCGUGUACGUGAUUGGAUUCUCCUACCCAGUCGUACCAAAGGGCAAAGCCAGAAUCCGAGUUCAGAUUUCAGCCGCGCACACUGACGAAGACAUCGACCGCUGUGUGGACGCCUUCAUCCAGACGGGCAGGACGCACGAAGUCAUCUCCUGAACACUGCAGGAGCUUGAACUGCGCGUUGUUCAGGGAAUAGUGGUUACGUUUGUAGGUCAACACAGUUUAAUGAUACCUGCGUGUGUGUUUGGCUGAAUAAAGUCAUUUAGAAACGUGCAGGUGUUUGCGUUGUAAAGAAAAAAGGGCUGUUCAAUUCACAUUCAUUUUAAUGAGAGAGAAUUUUUCUAUUAAUCAUCGUUUCUCCUGAUGGUAGUUUAUUUAGGAUUAGUUGUUUUAACACUCAUGUUUUGAUGACUGUGAGGAUUCAGUACUGGUCAUAUUGUGAUAUCAGCAUUUGUCGAAUCAACUUUCAACUCAUUCUUCAAAUCUACUGAAAGAACCAGGACUCUUCGUUUAUACUCACAAGUAAACAAAACAUUCUCUUCCCAACAUCUGCUAAAUUUGACAUUGUGUGUUUUUAACAGGAUUGAGGAGCCAGAGGUCACAUUUGAUAUGAUGCUAACUGCAAACCUACAGAUUCUACACAUGGAACACAUUAAAGUUAAAAUAUUAAAGUUCAUGCCGUUAAAAAGA